GAGGGAUGAGUGUAGACUGAAGUUGUAGGGGUGAGAUAGAAGGUGUGUGUCAGCUAGAGCUAAAGGGGAGAGAGAAGAAGGGAGGGGGUUAGAGAGAUCAAGCAUGCUGAGGAGAGAGAAAGGGAGCGCACUCACACAGAGAUAGAGAGAGAGAGAGAGAGAGAGAGAGUGAGCAAAGAGGCGUUUAGAGAGAGAGAGAGAAGGAGGAGAGGCAGGAAUUGGAUGAAGGGAGGGGAGGCUGAGCAGUAGCGAGGAGGAAGAGACUCACAGUCUCAAAACUGGAUAUUCUUACGUGUCUGCUGUGCUGCCUGAUCCAAUGUGUAAACUCUCUGCUACCUGCUACUCAAAGGCACCCGGCAAGUGGUGCUGUGGAGGAGCACUGUAGCACAGUGAGGAGCUGAGGAGUGGGUUGACCCUCUGGGAGGACUGGAACAUGAAUGACUGCCAACACGGGGAUGUCUGCUCAGCUCGCACUAAGGUGAGUGGUGCUUCAGUACAAAAAACUCAACAGUGACCUGACAGUGAUGCUGUGUUGCAGCCUUACCCUCUGUCUGUGCCCCUCGUUCUCCCGUGAGGCCCAUGUGACCUAGCCUACACCCGCACACAGGGGGCCCCCACUGCCGCUGGAGCCCACCCAUGAAUCCCAGCCCCGACCGCGGCAAAGAGUGCCUCCCUCCCAAGAAGAGGGAGUCUCGCCAAGGAUCAACAGAACAUCACAUCCCUCUGGAUGAGUUUAAACCCCCAGUGCCACUUCGGAAUCGGUCCAGCACAGGGGGAGGGGAGGGAGGCAGAGAGGCCAGUGACAGGGACCGAGCUCUGAUUAACCCAAACCCUGCUCUCCUACAUACUCCUCCACCCAUUCCUGCUCCAGCACCAGGCCUCACCCUGUCCCUACCAUGGCACCUGAGCUACUCUCCCUCUGCUUCUCUCCCCCUUUUCCCAGGGCAGGUUGGUGAGAGGAGGGGCUCGGGCUCUCCUGCCUGGAGAGAUGAUCCUCUCCCCUCACCCCUGACCCACCACUCCAGGUGGCAUAGAGGGGAAGGGCCCCUCUCCUUACCACCUUCCCCAUCUUCUUCCUCUGCUUCCUCAUUUAAGAUGCCCUACCCAGCUGAUUCAAGAGAGAUGUGGUCCUAUAUUAACAGUGGUCGAAGGGACAACAGCUCCUCUCUCUUCUCCCCAUCAUAUUUGUUUAGCCACCAUUCUUUCUACUCUCAAGAACCAAGCUUAAUUGAAGCCAGACACAGGUACCUGGGUAAGAGGCCCAAUGGCCUGGAUGGGCUAGGCAGCAGGACUGCCUCAACCUCCAGGCCUCUACUCACAGGGGAAUAUGGGAAUGAUAGCAGCAGGACCAGAAUGGAUAUCAGUCCACACAGCUCCCAUACUAAUGGUGGACGGAGACAGCAAGAGGAUCUAGCAUCCCGUGUUCAUUCUGGAGGGCCAUUUUUGUCAGACUGUCAAGCUCAGGAGGGCGCUGAGCCACAUUCCUCGCUGCAGGACAGAAAUCCACAUGGAAUAGUUAAGACCAGCUCCAAUUUACUCUCCAGCAGUCCCCAUCCCCUGGGACUAGUCCCCAGGGCAGGUAGAGGGGGUCUAUUGGACCCUCUAGGGGCCACACCAGCUGAAGCCCAGAUCUACUACUCCCUGGGAUCAGUGUGCCACCCCAGCCCUCAGACCCAGGCCUACCCACUCUUCAGCCCCUCAGGAACACCUCUGUACAAUCCACACAGGGAGCAAGGCCCCAGGCAGCACAAUCUAAGGAACUCACCACACUCACCACAGGGUCUGCCUAACAGCCAUGAUAGGUCACAAAGAGACCGAGACAGAGACCGGGACAGAGACCAAGAAAGAGACAGAGAAAAAGUCCUACAAAGGGACAAGGAGCGAGGUAAAGACAAAGACAAGCAUCUACAACAUGAUAAAGACCAAGAAAGAGACAGUGAGCGUGAGAGACAGAAAGACAGACAAAGAGACAGAGGGAGAGAAUUAUCUCCUUCCUAUCUUCACACCUCACCCCCAGCCCCUUACCCAUCUCCCCCGGCGCUCCUACCUCACUUCACCAAGGGUUCUCUCAUUGAGUUGGCCGGUGGGCAGUUGAAGCGUGUGGAGGAGCUGCGAACUGAGGACUUCUUGAGGAGCGCAGACACCUCUCCAGAGUUCCACCUCAGCACCUGUACUGUGCAGCUGAUUUCCCCCAGCAAUGCACAGGGUUUCAGCCACCUGCAGGUCCACCUCACAGACCUCAACACUCAGGAGUUACUGAAGGUCUUGGUGGAGUAUCCAUUCUUUGUGCAGGACCGAGGCUGGUCUUCUUGCUGUCCCCAGAAAACCUCACAGCUGUAUGGCUUAUCCUGCCGCCAGCUCAUGGAGGGGGAUGUGUGCCUGGCUCUUACCCCCACACCCACCCAAACCCACCGGACACACACGCGUACCAGCUCCAGGGCCCAUCGCAUCCAACCUCCUUCCAGGGCUGCAGGAGCAUCCAGUAGCUCACACAGGGAGGAGAUGCCACCUCCACCUCCUCCUCCCCCUCUUCCUUACCACCCGCCUCCUACGGCACCGGCCCCUCCACGAGCCCUGGCUGCAGAGCCUCCCAUUCAGGAGCAGCUGCGUCCGCGCAAAAGGCGCUGGUCUGCCCCAGACACCCUUCCAUCAACCAGAACUGAUGCUCCUAGCCUCCUGGAUUUACCUCAAGGCUCCAAGCUAAUGAAGUGGCAGUAGAAACUGGGAAAUGCAUAUGUAUACAUGCAUACUUACACACACACUCAUAAGCACAUACACACCCUCCUUGUCUCUGUUGCACCCACCAAGACAAACAAUGGAGAGACCUCAAGGCAGGGUUGCAGGGAAGGAAUAAUAAUAAUAAAAAAAAAAACAAUAGAAAACGCAAUUUACGGGUGUCCACACUGCUGCCCAAAAAAUGAAUCGUCUAGUCCUUGUUGCACCCAUGCAGUCCUUUCCCUGCCUUUCCUCAACCUUAAUUAGCACAGCCCUUAAAGGAGCAGCAGUUGGAGGAUUUCUGGAUGGCUCCUUACAGACACACUGAAGACAUUUAGUGAGACAAUCAAGCACAUGUCUGUGUUCACUCUGUUUUUGUAAUGGUUGUCCCACACACUUACUGACUGACAGUGUUUUCUGCAGGGUAUCGAUUUUCAAUCAGUGUUAUGAAAGUAAACGCUAUUGAAGCAUUGCAGAUAUAUACGAACAAAAGUCGGCUAUAAAUAUAUAUAUAUACAUACAUAUAUAUAUAUAUAUAUAUAUUACAUUACAGAUGUUAUAUACAGUAAAUAUGCUAAACAGAUUUAAUGCAAUCUCUCUGUCAAUUUUGCAAUGCAUCUUUUUUUUAUUGUUUUCUUGCUUCUGAGCCGAUGUCUACUUGUCGGCCUGGGCAGGCAAGGUGAAUGUAUGAGCAACUCUUCGCCUUUUUUAUUCUCAUCACUGGGAGUCAUUUCAUACAACUGUUCGUCAAGGCAUUACCCUCCAAUAUGUUCUUAACAUUAUCUCUGAGAAAGGGAGAACACUAAUGAAAACUGCGUAACAGACAAUCCCACCCACACAGACAGGUCUGUGCCACAUCGCCUCGACACUCAUGGUGUUUUUCCAUUAAAAACUGAAUGAUGGAAAGAGUAAAAAAGUGCAGUACGGCUGAAGAGUAAUGGUGCUAAUAACACGUUGGAACAUGAUGCUUUGUGAAUACUCUUGACCCCUGUGUACUGUACGCUUCUGUUCCCAUCUCAUUUUUUACGUACUGUAUAUGUUUGAAGGCAGGGAAAAAUGAUGAAAGUAUUUUAAACUCAGAUACGGGUAUCUCUUCUGAUUCAGCACACUCUCUCACUUUAGUUUUUGUGUUUUUUAUUUUAUUUUCAAAAAGAGAACCUUACUUGUUGAUUUUUCUUUUUAAAUGUUAUAGCUACAAAAAUGUAUAUUUUUAAAAAUUGUGAAUCUGUUACAUGAUGUUCGCUAGAAAUAAAAGGAAAAAAGCUUUAUAGA